CGUAAAAUCGUCAUCGAGAAAGCACAUUCACACAGAACAAGAGAAGCAAAAAGGGAUAGAAAGAGCAAAAUCUCCCUUUGUUUUCAUUACUAAAAAUCUUUGAUUUCAAUCGUAGCGAGAUCGGAAAUGGCUUCCUCCAAAGAACGCGAGAACUUCGUCUACGUCGCUAAGCUGGCUGAGCAAGCCGAGCGCUACGAUGAAAUGGUUGAAGCGAUGAAGAAUGUAGCAAAUAUGGAUGUUGAAUUGACUGUGGAGGAAAGGAAUCUUCUCUCUGUUGGUUAUAAGAAUGUGGUAGGUUCUAGGAGAGCAUCUUGGAGGAUCUUGUCCUCUAUUGAGCAGAAGGAAGAAUCUAGAGGAAAUGAGCAAAAUGUCAAGCGAAUCAAGGAGUACCUGCAAAAGGUGGAGUCAGAGCUCACCAACAUUUGCAACGAUAUUAUGGUGGUCAUUGAUCAGCAUCUAAUUCCGUCAUGCACUGCAGGCGAAUCAACUGUGUUUUACCACAAGAUGAAGGGGGAUUAUUAUCGUUAUCUUGCAGAAUUUAAAGUUGGCAAUGACAAGAAGGAGGUUGCGGAGCUUUCAUUGAAAGCAUAUCAGUCAGCUACAACUGCUGCGGAGGCGGAAUUACCACCCACUCAUCCCAUUCGUUUGGGACUGGCUUUGAAUUUCUCUGUUUUCUACUAUGAGAUCAUGAAUUCAUCUGAAAGGGCAUGCCAUCUGGCAAAACAGGCCUUUGAUGAGGCAAUAUCUGAGUUGGAUAGCCUGAAUGAGGAUUCCUACAAAGACAGCACCUUGAUUAUGCAGCUUCUAAGGGACAAUCUCACCUUGUGGACUUCUGAUCUUCCGGAGGAUGCUGAAGAUGCCCAAAAGGGAGAUGCCAUAAACAAAGCAGGUGGAGGUGAUGAUGCAGAGUGAAUGGGCCUAGUGGUUACAACUACCAUGUGUAUUUGGAGGUGUGAGGACGAGGAUACACCAAGGGGGGUGUUUGUUUGUUGAGUCUUAGUAGAUACUUAUAUUAUGGGCAUGUUGUGUCAGUUUCUUUAAAUGUUAAUUGGCUGUCUGCAAUUCAGUGUGUAAUUUGUAUCCCUGUGCUAUUUCCUCUCCGUAUAGUGAGUUGUUUCAGUCUUUAGAUAAUUGGUUUGGUCUAUAGGUGGUUUUAUUUUUCUGACGACUGCCGCAGCCAAAUGGAGGAUAUCAGCUAUUUGUUUGUCCUCUCACCCUUAUUAUCUCAAUGUCACCAAUUUUAUAUUA